GGGUAGCGGCGGCGGCGGCCGUAGCCAUCGCCGCCGGGGGGCGGGGAGCCCCGGCCACUGAGCCCCUCCCUGGGGUGGGGCUCGGCGGAGACUCUGGGCGGCUAGGGAGCCGGGCCCUGAGGAGAGCGUUGCCCUUGCCAGACUCGGGCGAUGGGGCCGAGAGCCCGGGCCCCGGCGCGGGGAAGGUGACCGCAGGUUCCGGCGGUAGGCGGGCUGCCAGCUCCCCUCGCCCCAGCAACUCGCCCUCUGGAAGCCCGGGCCGCGAGGGCAAGGGCUCCCCGGGCCGGCGCCAGCAGCUUCCGAAGCAGCUGCGGCGUCGCGGGCGGUCUCGGAGGCAGCAAAGCGGUUGCUGGCCGUGGCGGCGGCGGCGGCUGGAGGGGCAGCAGCCGGAGCCGCGACAGCUGGAGCGGCGGCGGCGGCGGCGGCGGGGCAGCUCCCCCGGGCCCUCUGUGGACCCUCCCGAGCGGGUGGCGUCCUGCGAGCGAUGCCCGGAGGCGCCAGAGCCCUCUCCCUCUCCCCUUCCCCCUCGCACACGCCGAGCCCGGCAGCGGCGGAGGCGGCGGAGGCGGCGGCAGCGGCGGAGGCGGCGGCCGCGGCGGCGGCGGCUAGGGGCCAUGGAGCUUGAGAACCUCUUGGCCAACACGCUGCUGCUGAAAGCGCGCCAAGGAGGAUAUGGCAAAAAAAGAGGUCGUAGUAAAAAAUGGAGGGAAAUGCUGAAGCUGCCCCAAGUCAGCCAGUGCAGCGAGCUUAGAUGUUCCAUUGAAAAGGAUUAUAACAGCCUUUGUGACAAGCAGCCAAUAGGAAGACUUCUCUUCAGGCAAUUCUGUGAUACAAGACAUGAUCUAAAGAUAUACAUCAAAUUCCUAGACGUAGUGGCAGAAUAUGAAGUGGCUGAUGACCAAGACCGCAGAGGUUAUGGACUGUCCAUCUUAGACACGUUCUUCAGUGCUGCUGAGAGGGAAAGAUCUAAAAAGGUGGACAACAUAAAAUCGGCAGCCCCUUUACCAGAAAUACCUUCAGGUGUUUUGAAAGAAUGUAGGUUGAGACUGAAGGAGAACCCCUCCAAGGACGUCUUUGAGGAGUGCACCAGAUUUGUUCAUAACUACUUAAGUGGAGAACCAUUUGAAGAAUAUCAAGAAAGUUCAUAUUUUUCUCGAUUUCUACAGUGGAAAUGGCUGGAAAGGCAACCAAUAACAAAGGACACAUUUAGACAUUACAGAGUUCUAGGAAAAGGCGGAUUUGGGGAGGUCUGUGCCUGUCAAGUGCGAGCUACAGGAAAAAUGUACGCCUGUAAGAAGCUAGCAAAGAAAAGAAUAAAGAGGAGGAAAGGUGAAGCAAUGGCUCUAAAUGAGAAGAGGAUGCUGGAAAAAGUGAAUAGCAGAUUUGUAGUUGGUUUGUCUUAUACUUAUGAGACCAAAGACUCCUUGUACUUGGUGCUGACCAUUAUGAAUGGAGGGGACUUAAAGUAUCACAUUUACAACCUGGGCAGCCCUGGCUUUGAUGAGCAGAGAGCGAUCUUCUAUGCGGCCGAACUGUGCUGUGGCUUGGAGGACUUACAGAAAGAAAGAAUUGUGUACAGAGACUUAAAGCCUGAGAAUAUCCUCCUCGAUGACAUUGGGCACAUCCGGAUCUCAGACCUGGGUUUAGCCGUGGAGGUCCCGGAGGGCCGGACCGUCCGAGGAAGAGUGGGGACCGUCGGCUACAUGGCUCCUGAAGUUAUCAAUAAUGAAAACUAUACUUUUAGUCCUGAUUGGUGGGGACUUGGCUGCCUGAUAUAUGAAAUGAUUCAGGGACAUUCUCCAUUCAAAAAGUUCAAAGAGAAGGUCAAGAGACAGGAAGUCGAGCGCAGAGUGAAGAAGGACACAGAGGAGUACUCCAGGAAGUUUUCCGAGGACGCCAAGUCCGUCUGCAGGAUGCGCUGGGGACACCCAGCAGUCUCCGCGCCAGGCUGGCGCCACACGUCCUGCCCUUGCCCGGGGAAACGAUGCAACUGGGCUUCAGCCAACGGGAGCAAAGCAGAGCAGUCAUUGUUUGCUUUCUCCAAAGACGCACCUGACAGGGAAGGUGGGGCCAAGGUCAUCAUUUCCUGCAAAAGUAAAGACAAAGCAGCAUCUUCAUUACUCACCAAGAAUCCCAGACAACGGCUGGGCUGCAGCGGUGGAGCAGCGGAAGUGAAGGGACACCCCGUGUUCAAGGACAUUAACUUCAAGAAGCUGGAAGCAAAUAUGUUGGAUCCCCCUUUCUGUCCUGAUCCGAAGGCAGUGUAUUGUAAGAAUGUCGUGGAUAUCGACCAGUUCUCCACGGUGAGGGGAGUCUACCUGGACACCACAGAUGAUACUUUCUACAGCCAAUUUGCCACAGGCUCUGUCUCCAUCCCCUGGCAGAACGAGAUGAUCGAAUCGGGUUGUUUUAAGGACAUCAACGAAAGUGACACUGGAGAAUAUGUGGCACUGGAUCUUCAAGAGACACUGUGCCACCCAGUUCCCAAACCAAAGAGAGGCUUCUUCUAUAGACUCCUCAGAAGAGGGGGCUGCAUUAGCGGUGUCCCCAGUGACAAGGAAGAGCUGCCUUCAACGGUGUGACCACUCACUGCAGAGCCAGGCCCCAGCGCCCAGGAGCACAAGCGCAGUGUUUGACCCCAUCUGUGAACAGCAAUAAACAUGUGACACCUCGUAAAAUGAGA